ACUUGUCCUUUGAAUCGCAGGACGUAUUGUAUAGUUUUUUAUGCAUCGCGCAAUUUUGCUGUGACGACAGUGUUUUUGUGAAAAAUUGGAAACGUUUGAUACUGAGGAAAUCGAGAAGUGAUGUUUGAAUUCGUGGAGGGCGCAGAUGGGGACGAUGCGGCAUACGCUUUAUCGCGGCUGCUAGUCAGGCACCCAGCUACAGACGAGUUGGAGGAGCGACACCUAGACAAGCGAAAAUGUUACAUCGGCAGACGGUUCUUUUCGAGGACCACAGGGCUCGGGUCUCCACGUCUUUUAUUGGUCGCACUCUUCCUGUUGGCCGGAGUUUGUCGUCCAGUCGUCGUCAUGUCGACCGUGUCGACGUUGACAGCGAAUGUCAUUAAAGCACCGGAAAAAAAUGCCAUGAAAGAUAAAACGGAAACUUUUCACACGCGCACCAAGUAA